CUUCACAUUUAGUCUGCUUCGUUUUCCAUUAUUGUGGAAGAUUCUCCAGGGUUUUUCACUACUUACCGUUUCAGACGGACUCGACGUUCUUAAUGCAUUGUUUACGAAUUAGUUUCUGAAUAAAAUUUAAAAAUGAGUCUAGAAACGUGGGUUAGUGAUCAGUUAAUUGAAAUUCUAGACUUUAGUGACCGCUAUACGUCCCAGUUUCUGACGUCCCUUGCGCAUAAAAGUUCGUCGGCGAAUGACCUUAUCGAGAAAGUCCGUAGCACAGACACUAUUGAUGUAACAAACGCAAAAGUCAUGACUUUCUUGACAGAACUGUGGGGGAAGAUUCCCAGAGCAGCCCCCAAAGUCAAUCUUGAAAGAAUUGCUGCAAAGCAGCAAGAGCAAGCUACAUUAGCAAUGAUUGAAAAAAACAAACGAUACAAAUUGGUGGAAGACAGUGAUGAAGAAGCAAUGGCUCCUCCACCACCACCUGCUAGCAAGAAAAUUAAGAAAGAAAAAAGGAAGUCUGAAUCCAGCAGUGAGGAUGAAGAUGAAAAGCAACGAGUAAGAGAUUUAAAAGAAAGAGAUGAGUUCUCUGAACGUCUCAAACUAAAAGAUAAAGAUAAACAGAGGAAUGUGGUAACUGUUGGAAAAGGUUUUGCUGAGGCUGCUAAAAGACUUCAGAUGGAGGCUGAAGAUAAAGCCAACAUUAUUCCCAAACUUAGAGUUGAAUCAAGACGAAAAUAUUUGGAGAAGCGGAAAGGAGAUAAAAUCACUGAAUUAGAAGCUGAUAUUUUUGAUGAUGAGUACCUAUUCGAUGAACAACAACUAACAGAACGCGAGCGAAAGGAUCGCGAGUAUAAGAAAAAAAUUCUCAGCCUUGCCAAAGAGCAUGACAAAGCCCGAGAAUUGGAAUUGGUGCAACGGUACCACAUGCCCGACGAUAAGCGGGACAAAGCAAUGCCUGAUAGAUACGUCGAAAUAGAUGACCGAGAGAAACAACCGCAUUCGGAGCAACGAAUUUGGGAAGAUGCUCGAAUGGCCACCGCACAGUGGAAUUUUGGAGCCAGGGAUGCAAAACAGCGCCUUCAGGAAAAAGGAAAAGUUCAUGAUUAUGACCUUUUAUUGGAUGACACCAUUGAUUUUGUCCAAACAAACCAACUUGCUGGAACCAAGGGCAUCGAAGAUCAACCAGAGGUAAGUGACAUCCAGAAGAAGAAAAUGUCAUUGCAAGAAACAAGGAAAUCUUUACCGAUAUUCCCAUUUCGUGAAGAUUUACUGCAAGCAGUAGAAGAACAUCAAAUUUUGAUUGUAGAAGGAGAGACGGGCUCAGGAAAAACAACACAAAUCCCGCAAUAUCUUUACGAAGCAGGAUAUUGCAAAGACGGCAAAAAGGUUGGAUGCACACAGCCUCGUCGAGUUGCUGCCAUGAGCGUUGCUGCUCGUGUAGCUCAGGAAAUGGGAAAGAAACUUGGUAACGAAGUAGGCUACAGUAUUCGAUUUGAAGAUUGCACAUCAGAAAGAACUGUUAUCAAGUACAUGACAGACGGUAUGCUGUUGCGUGAAUUUCUCUCUGAACCCGAUUUACAGAGCUACAGUGUCAUGAUCAUCGACGAAGCCCAUGAGCGAACGCUUCAUACCGAUAUUCUUUUUGGUCUGAUUAAAGAUAUCGCACGUUUCCGACCUGAUUUGAAGUUGCUUAUUUCCAGUGCCACAUUGGACGCUGAAAAAUUUUCCGAUUUCUUUGACGAAGCCCCUAUCUUUCGAAUCCCUGGCCGAAGGUUUCCUGUAGAAAUAUUUUACACUAAAGCACCCGAAGCGGACUAUAUCGAUGCUUGUGUGGUCACAAUUCUACAAAUUCAUGUCACUCAAGAUGCGGGUGACAUACUUGUCUUUCUUACCGGCCAAGAAGAAAUUGAAACUGCACUGGAGAGCCUGACAGAACGGACCCGACGACUAGGCACAAGGAUAAAAGAAUUGCUGAUUCUACCUAUCUAUGCCAAUUUACCGUCAGAUAUGCAGGCAAAAAUUUUCGAGCCGACUCCUCCCGGUGCCAGAAAGUGCAUUUUGGCAACGAAUAUCGCAGAAACGUCUUUAACUAUUGACAACAUCAUCUUCGUAAUUGACCCAGGAUUUUGCAAGCAAAAUUCAUACAAUGCGCGAACGGGAAUGGAAUCCUUAGUCGUUGUUCCAAUUUCUAAAGCGUCAGCUAACCAACGAGCAGGGCGAGCUGGACGUGUUGCAGCUGGCAAAUGCUUUCGCUUAUACACAGCGUGGGCGUACAAGCAUGAACUCGAAGAGAACACCGUACCAGAAAUCCAACGAGUUAACUUAGGCAACGUCGUUUUGCUGCUCAAGUCACUCGGUAUCAACGAUCUAAUCCAUUUUGACUUUUUGGACCCACCCCCGCACGAGACGUUGGCUUUGGCGCUUGAACAACUUUACGCUUUAGGCGCCCUGAACCAUAUGGGCGAGUUGACCAAGUUGGGUCGUCGGAUGGCUGAAUUUCCAGUUGAUCCAAUGAUGGCUAAAAUGCUCCUAGCUUCGGAAAAGUACAAAUGUUCUGAGGAGAUCGUCACCAUUGCUGCCAUGCUUUCAGUCAACAGUGCGGUUUUCUAUCGACCUAAAGAUAAAGCAAUUCACGCCGACACGGCUCGCAAAAAUUUCUUCUCACCUGGAGGCGACCAUUUUACAUUGCUUAACGUUUACAACCAAUGGGUGGACACGGAUUUUUCAACACAAUGGUGCUUUGAAAACUUUAUCCAGCAUCGGUCAAUGAGACGGGCUAGGGACGUCAGAGAACAGCUAGUCGGCUUGGUGGAGCGAGUGGAAAUUGAUAUGGUUUCCAAUAAAGACGAUUUGGUAGCCAUCGGUAAGGCAGUUACGGCUGGCUUCUUCUAUAACACAUCGCGUUUGUCAAAGACGGGCGGAUACAAGACAGUCAAACACAACCAAACUGUGCUCAUCCAUCCAAACAGUUCAAUGUUUGAAGAACUUCCUCGUUGGCUCAUCUAUCAUGAACUUGUAUUUACUACGAAAGAGUACAUGAGGCAAGUUAUUCAAAUCGAAAAUAGUUGGCUACUGGAAGUAGCUCCCCACUACUACAAAGCCAAGGACCUGGAAGACACAACCACACGCAAAAUGCCCAAAAACAAAGGCAAGUCACGAGCGGAAUUGGGUGAUCAUUGAGCUGUGAAGAUCCGUUGAAUUUGAUUGUGAAAAUUUCGCUCUUUUAUUCAUCGUUUUGAGUGAUCAUGAAUAUAGCAACACGUAAUAUUAUAAGGUUGGAUCCCUGCCGCCCUAUGGUUUUAUCAGUGUUAUUUUGCCACCUUGUGAUUGUUUUGGGCCGAUUAAAAUACAGUUUUUUUUUCUA